AUGCCAGCAAAUCCGAUCAAAGCACCACCACAGGGUGUGUACGUUCCGGCAAUCACCUUAUUCGACCACAAGACCGACACUCUCGAACCCAAUGCUCAAGCCAAGUAUUUCAAGUACCUUGCUCAAUCUGGAAUCACUGGCUUGGUCGUUCUGGGAACCAAUGCCGAGACUUUCCUGCUCACCAAGGAGGAACGGGUAUCGUUGAUUUGUCUUGCAAGACGGUCGGUUCCAGCCAACUUUCCCAUCAUCGCGGGCGUUAGCGGUCACUCAACGGCACAAGUCAAGGCUUUCAUCGCAGAUGCGGCCAGCGCAGGUGCAGAUUAUGCUCUGUUGUUGCCUUGCGCGUACUUUGGGAAGCAGACAACCCCGUCGGUCGUGAAGAGCUUCUUUGCAGAUGUGGCCAGGACGUCUCCGCUUCCAAUCAUCAUCUACAAUUUCCCUGCUGUCUGCAACGGACUCGAUCUGGACUCGGAGCUCAUCACGAGCAUUGCUCAAGCUAGCCCUAAAAUCGUCGGAGUGAAGCUGACUUGUGGAUCGGUGGCCAAAAUCACCAGGCUUUCAGCUACGUUCAGCCCCGAACGGUUCGCAGUGUUUGGUGGUCAAGUGGACUUCUUAUACGGCGGCCUUGCGGCGGGUAGCUCUGGGUGUAUAGGAGCGUUCGGCAACGUCUAUCCUCAUGUACUUGCGCGGAUCUACGAGCUGUGGCAAGGAGGGGACUUUGAAGGAGCAUUGAGCCUACAACAAAAGGCCGCCCUCGCUGAGUCUCCGACAAAGGCAGGCAUCGCAAGCACCAAGCUAUCAGCGGCGUUGUUCAGCUGCAAGCGGGCGGGCAUUCGAGAUGCUACGGCCCUCGCCUUGCCUCGAGCUCCUUACGAUGCACCAUCGAGUGAAGCACGGUCCCGGAUCUUAGAGGUCAUGGCUGAUGUCGAGGUUAUCGAGGCAGAACUUUGGCGCGGGCGGCAGGGUGAAGAUCAGGGUAUUCGGAUUACGGCGCGUCUCUGA